UUCCGUUGUGUCGUUUAGUCGACUAUGAAUAAAGGUUGAAAAUUCUUCAUUAAUGGUAACUCCAGAUUGUCAAAUCUGUUUUUAAAAUUAUCAAUGUCACUUUGAUUGAUCAUUUGUUGACGAUUGACGUUAAAGAGGGGAUAUUGACGUUUUUGUUGACGUUGAACGAUGGAACACAAACUUUGAAAUAGUUUGGCUUUAAAAAUUUAAAUUGAAGGAAAAUGGACAGAUCUAAACUAUCAUUAAUUAUUAAAGGAUUAUUUAAACAAAUGGAUACCAAAAUAUUACGUAUUCUUGUGUCUAUUGACGAACAAAUUACAAAAAAUUUAAAAGACGGUAAUAUUGUUACCAGGCCCUCAAGUACAAAUGGACUAUGGAGUUGUGUACUUUUACCAGCAGUACUUGUAUCAUAUUCAACACUUUACAAUCAAAAUGUGUCUGAAUUAUACAUCUUCUUGGCUUAUAUAUCGAUUGGACUAGCAUCCUACAGUUUUCUUUUUAUUAUAUUUAUUUCUGUUUCUUGCUCGGUGUUGAAAGAGAAUAUUUAUGGAGGAUGUACAGCAUCUACGUUGGUUUCAUCAUUAUUGUUGUAUGCAGUGCAAGGACAAGAUUUAAUGUUUUCUCUGGUUUGGUCAACGGCUGCAGUGAUGUCGUACAGUGCUCUCAUGAAAAUAGCCCUCAUAGUGUACCCUAAAACAUUUACAAUAGGAGAAGCCAUGAUAGUCACACAGAGUAUUGUGCUGUUCAGUAUAACAACCGUUGGUAAAUACUUUUACAACAUGGGAGCAGAAGACGAUGUAGAAAUGAAAUUCAUUAAUGACGUUAUCUUUACUAUAUUAUCAAGCGUGGGAAUUAUCGUUGCAGCAAUAUGUAUUUUGGAUGAGACUCAAAAAACUUUAUCCGUUCUUACCUACAUCAUCUGUGUGGCCGGCACUUACGCGUUAAUGAUCUUACAUGUUAAAGUCGGAGUUGAUUGCAUAUUGAGAUUAGCUGAAUAUAUUCUCCUGGACACAGACAGAGUAUUAUUAUUCCUGUUCUGGCUCGGUUGUGCAGUUAUAUCAGCAUGUGUGAUACUAGUCCGCACUCAUCUCAAAGUGAAAGCCAGCACCGUUACUCGCAAGACAUUCCAUAUACUUGGCUCCUUGGUAUUCUUAUCUGGGAUAUUGUAUAACAUUCGACUGAUGACAUUAGCUGCUGGAUUCGGCUUUGGGCUUGUUAUAUUACUUGAGGCACUUAGGAAAUCUGGGAUAGAGCCGAUUUCAUCGUCACUUCAGUCUGCAUUCAAUGUGUAUAGUGAUGAAAAGGAUGUUGGUAGUUUCGCAAUGACUCCGAUCUACCUAUACGUAGGGUUGGCCUGUCCUCUAAUAUUGGUUCCAGUACAUCAAGGGUAUGAGCUCGAACUGCUUAGUGGAGUGUUGUCCAUAGGAAUCGGAGAUACUGCUGCCAGUUGGUUUGGUUCUAAGUUCGGCAUGAACCAGUGGGGAACUGGACCUAAAACAUAUGAAGGAACAGUAUUCAAUAUUCUAUCUCAAGUUGCGCUGAUGUAUGUGAUUGAACUGUUUGGUCUAAUGAGCGUGAAUAAUGCUAUGCUUCGUGUAGCGAUUGCGGCGGGAGUGUCAGGAAUAGUAGAAGCGAAAAUAGAUCAAGUAGAUAACUUAAUAUUGCCAUUAGUCACCCUAAUUUCAUUUCAAGCUACCUGGAUAUUAUGCUAAAGUCAGGCAGAGUUACUUAAAAAAUUUUUUUUUGUAAAGAUAUGUGCCACUCGUGUUCUGUGUAAGGCUGCGUUUCCACGGACGCGGAGCUGGGCGGAGAGGAGCGGUGAAAAGUGGUCAGUGUUUCCACUGAAGCGGUGCGGACUGAAAAAGAGCACAGCGGAGCCUACUUUGACAAUUGCAUAUUUUUUCGCUUAGUUGCAGUCAAUAUUUCAGAAAGACCAUUCGUCGUGUUGUGGAUUAAAAGGAAAAAAGGAAUCAUUUUAGAUCUUUCUCUACUUGAGAAGGAAUCAGAUGCCGUAGCAUUUACUGUUGCCCUCAUUGUCCUUCGCAUAGUAGGCAGUAGGUACUGGCCCACUGUCCUCCGCUCUGCACCCGAAUGCUCGUUGACCUCCGCACCGCAUUGCUUUGCUGUAUUUUUAUUAUGAAUAUCCGCUCAUCUGUACUCCACCCCGCUCAUGCUGUUUCCAUUGAAGCGGAGCAGAGAUUUCGACUAUAGUGAUUGGUCAAUUCGUGCAACGCUAAGCUCCUCUACGCCCCGCUCUGCGCUAAUGGAAACACAGCCUUACUGUUCUAUUUUUCUAAACUUAGUCUAGCUUUUUGAAAAAAUUAGAGUAUGCAUUUAAUUUUAUUCUGUGAAAUUUUGUAAGUAUAUUAUUAUGGUGUUAUUUAUUGAAAUAAAUUUUACGUAUUUUUAUUGGGAUUAUUAUGUAGAUAUUUUAUAUUUUUAUACGAAUAUGAAGAAGUAAUGACAUUGUAUUAGUAUUUCUUGUAUAAAAUUAUUUUUUGUAAAUAUUGUUGAGAUUUCAAUACAUUCCUAUAUUACCAAAGACUUACAUUAUUUUGUAAAUAAGA